CGGGACGGGACGGGGCAGCGCGAGUCCCCGGCGUCUCGGCCCCGCUUCCCCCUACUGCCCUGCCGCUCCUAGCUCACCUGGGAGGAGUCUAGCUCGGGGCUCCCCGUCUCAAAACCGUCCUGACUUGAAGCCACUACAUGGUGAGCAGGCGCCGGGCACUGGCCGGCCGAGCCGUGGGCCAAGACCUCCUGGUCCACGCGGGGAGGCCGGCACCGCACUUCAUCAUCCUCUGUGGACUUGGUUCAAAGCAAGGACAAAUGGUGGCUUUUCCCCAUCUCACCUGGCCUGAAGAGUCUGGAUGAAAUCUUUACCCUAUUAACAUGACUAAUUCCCCAGUUGCUGCUGAAAUUCAUAGGUUGUGGGGAGACGUUUAAGCGAAGACAGGAAAAGCCAAGCCAAGCCAAGCUGGAGGGAUGCAAUUGUGUUUCCAGGAAACAUUAAAAAAUCUUGGCUGUCAGGGACAGGAUUGUAAUGCGGGUGAAGUAAACUGUAUGGUGGCAUGCAAUGCCAUCAAAGCAAUGAAAGCAACACUCCAGGGACACAGCCGACUUUCUAGGACAAAAGGAACUACGGAAGUGUAGAAAUUGAAGCCAAAGAAGCCUGCGACUGGCUGAGGGCUGCUGGCUUUCCUCAAUAUGCUCAGUUAUUUGAAGACAUGCAGUUUCCUAUUGACAUCAAAACUGUGAGGAAAGAUCAUGAAUUUUUAGAUCCUGAUGCUAUUGAAUCUCUAUUCAGACGGUUAAACACACUAAACAAAUGCGCAGCAAUGAAAGUGGAAAUAAGUCGACAGAGGAAGAGGAGUGAUGAAUCUGAAGAUGAGGAACCUUGUGCAAUAAGUAACAAAUGGGCUUAUGAGAGGUGCAGUCAGAGGUGGUCUCGUCUGGAGAGCCUAGACGGUUCCCCUGGAGAAGAAGGUUCUAGUGCAUCAGUCCCAGACAGUCCAAGACUUAAGAGCACCGGUAGUGAGGAUAUAUCCUUUUCAGACCACGGAGGGAAACACGAUGCGUCCUCAAUCCACAGUACUAGCAGUGGAGACAGUGACAUUAUUAGCUUCCCAAAGACUUUUGAAGAUAUUGAGACCAGCAGAAGUUCCUCAAGGUGUUCCUCGAGUAAAGUGGCCUCACCUGAUUCCACCCUUAGUGGGUCUCCUUCGCCCAGUGAAUUCUUAAGCAUCAUCAGUGAAGAGAAGUUUUUGGACAAGCCACCGCAUAAAAAGGGAAAGACCUUUCUAAAGAAAAUGGAGAAGCUGCGCAUAAAGAACACCAGUCUGAAGAGAGAUGGUCACUCAAAGGUUAAACCCAUAAUAAGUGAACCUGUUCUACUGGAAGGACUUGAUGAAGAAAAGCUAAAAAACUUUAACUGUGUGAAUAUUUGUGACCUAUCAGAUAGUCAGAUGAAAAAGAAUUCUUCCUAUUCUCCCCAGACUUGUAGCAGCAGCAGCCCGUCUGAAAACAGUAGCACAGUCAGCACCCCAAGUCCUGUUAUCAAAGUCAGGAGUCACAAUAAAAGAGGAGGGAUGUAUGCAGAGGAUUUUGAUUCUAGUAAGCUCAUGCUGUGGAGUGAUAUAUCUGAGCAAAACUUAAAUAACGAAAUAAAUUUGCAGGCUAACCAAAUGUUUCAAAUACCGCAAGGCCAUAAGCCUGGGACAUUCCCUAAAGCACUUACAAACAGUUUCCUUUCACCAAUGGACAAUACUUCCGUGAACUGGAGAACUGGGAGCUUUCAUGGAUGGAGAAGAAAUAGGAUUAGAACCAGUUGUAAGGACUCUGAAACCCCCGCAAGCCCUCUUUCAUUCACGGAUAACAGGCUGAGUAUAUAUGACAAUGUGCCCAGCAUACCUUUUCAUCUAAGUAAAGUGGAGGCAGAAGUUGGUGAUGACGAUGUUUUUUCAGAACUCGACAAUGUUAUGGAACAUGUUAAUGGGCUCAGAAGGCUGGUUAGUCAGUGGACUGAAAAGUUCUCAGAUGAUGGAGACUCUGACUUUGCUAAUGAUACAACAUCUCCUUGCCCAUCCUUCCCUAAAGAAAUACACCUUGAAAUAAAGCAUUCAGAAGGGAAAGCAGAAAAUCUGUCCACAGUUGAAGGAGAACAAAAUUGCAGGCACAUCGGUGACCUGCCAUAUGUAACUGACUUGGAGACUGGAUCCCAUUCUAGCAGGCACAUAAGACGGCACUGGUCUACAGAAGAGAGUGGAAACUUGGAAAACCUUUCUGUGCAAAUUGAUAACCAGUCAGCAGCCCAUCUAAACCGAAUUCAGAAACUUGCUUUGUUGAAACUCACUGCUUUAAUGGAUAAAUAUUCACCAUCCAGCAAACAGGGCUGGAAUUGGACUGUUCCAAAGUUCAUUAGAAAAAUAAAAGCCCCUGACUAUAAGGACAAAAAUGUAUUUGGGGUUCCGUUACUUUUAAAUGUUCAGAGAACAAGUCAUCCACUUCCUAGGGGCAUACUCCAGGCCAUGGAGUACUUAAGAAGACACUUUCUUGACCAGGUUGGUCUGUUCAGGAAAUCAGGUGUUAAAUCUAGGAUCCUUUCUUUAAGGGAGAUGAAUGAAAAUGACCCAAGCAAUGUAUGUUACGAAGGCCAGUCAGCAUUCGAUGUGGCAGAUAUGGUAAAGCAGUAUUUUCGUGAUCUUCCUGAACCUAUAUUCACUAGCAAGCUCUGUGAAUCCUUCCUCCACAUCUACCAAUACUUGCCAAAGGAUCAACAAUUUCAUGCUGUCCAGGCUGCCAUUCUUCUCCUCCCAGAUGAAAAUCGUGAGGCUUUGAAAAUCCUUCUCUCCUUUCUCCAUGAUGUGGUAGCUUUUGUUGAGGAAAACCAGAUGACUCCAACCAACAUUGCAGUCUGUCUUGCACCAUCUCUGUUUCACCUCAGUACCCUAAGACGGGAGAGUUCAUCAUCAUCAUCUAGGUCCAGCCAGAGGAAAUACAGCCUGGGAAAGCCAGACCAGAGAGACUUGAGUGAGAACCUGGCAGCAACACAAGGCUUGGCCCACAUGAUAAUAGAGUGCAACAGACUCUUCCAGAUGCCUGACUACUGUCUUGAGCCGUGUGGUGAUGACUUGCAUGACCAGAAAGUCCUGAGUGAAGGGGCCUCAAACCAGACCACCCCGAUCAAGCACUCCACUAUGUUGAUUUCCCUUGAGAAUUCUAUGCAGGACCUGCUUCGGGAUGCCAAGGAAAAAUUCAAGAGCUGGGUUGCUUGCUCAAACGUGGAGCGUGUGGAAUUAGCACAUAAAAAGGUGGAUGAUAAUUACCAUGUCCGGCUAUGGAAGGCAUCCACUGAAAUAGACGCUGCUCCUAAACUAAUCCUCCAGCGCAUCUUGACGGAACAGCAUCAGUGGGACCCAAGCCUGCAGCAAGCUAAAAUCCUAGAGACCUUGGAUGACGAAACAGAUAUUUAUCACUAUACAACAGAAAGCAUGUCUCCCCUUCCAGCACGGGACUACAUUGUUUUGAGGACCUGGAGGACUGAUCCCCAAAGUGGCACCUGCAUUUUGGCAGCUACCUCAGUCAACAGUGAAGGAGCUACUCUGCAUGGGAUUUUAGCGCAGGUCCUGCUGUGCCAGUAUCUCAUAGAAGCAGUUGGGUCUCAGAAAUCCAAAGUAACUCACGUCUGUCGAAGAGACACAAGGGGACGAACAACAGAAUGGUACAACAGGGUUUUUGGCCAUAUAUGUGCUGCAGAACUGCUAAGGAUAAAGGAUUCCUUCCAGUACCUCCACACAAAAGAAACCAAAAUCUGAAGCACUUGGAUUUUCUAAAUAGGUGCUGAGACAUGAACUGCUUCUGUGCUGCCACUUUCAAAGCUUCAACCAAAGUCAGUGGUUCUCAACUUCUCUGGACUUGAGGCAUCCCUCCAUAGAUUUUGUGAAUUGAGUGGCAUCCAAUUUCAAAAACUAGUUAGAUAUUACAGUGCUUAACAGGGGCUGGUGGAAAGGGGGGUUGUUCUGGCUUAUCUACUUAUCUCCUCGCUCUUCAAGAUAUCCUCCAAAGGUUCCUGUGGGUGCCCUGGCACCCUGGUUGGGAAUCACUGGCUUAAGUAAACAAGCCUCUUCACAUUUUCAAAUCAAGAUGUAAUUGCUAAUGGAAGAACUGAAAUGUACAAUAGUAACAUUAUAGGGCUUUUGCUGUUCAACAAAGUUUUUCUUGAACUGCUUGCACAAAGAUUAGGAAAACGUCACUGUGUAUACAUGUAUGUAUAUAAAAGGUUAAAUUCAAUUUUUACCUCCAGGAAAGAGACAAAAUAUGCUAAUUAGAAUUAUAGUUAUUAAGUUAUUAAACUGAGAACAUUAUAUUUUUUCCAUCUAUGCAUUAAGAGAGUGCUCUAGCAUUCUGGAGUGUUGGUUCUUUUCAUAUAUCAGCUACCCUAUUCAAUCAAAAACUUUGAAAAUAAUUUCAGCAACAUGGUAACAAGCUGAACAUAAGCAACAGAAUUGUGUGUUUUUAAUAUUAAUGUUAUAUUUGCUCUGUUUUAUGGUAGAUAAACAUUUUAGUCUGAGCUGUUGAUACUCCUGUGAUACUGCCUUUUUGUAUAACUCUUGCCAGAAUAGUUUUUGAACAUUUGUGACUGACAUUCCUGCACAUGAGAGAAGCCACCAAUUUUCACUUAGGAGCAUUUUCUACUUUCCUCAUUCUAUGUGAAGGAAUGUGUUUGAGUCGUUAAAUAAAGAGCAUAACCCAAGCUAACUUCAUAAAAUGAACUUGCAUGAAUGGACAAGUCUCAAUGCAAACUGAGCAGUGACUAUGUAUGUGGCCUGGGCCAAAUUCUCAGUUUGCUCUCUUAAGGACAUAAAUAAAUACCCAUCUUUUAUUAAAAAUACUUAAUGUGCUGCUAAACUAGACAGGAUCAUUGAUUUUCAUGAUUAUCCAGAACUUUUGGUCUUUGUAAUAAAGUAUGCUGCUCCUGUGUUUAAAUGUCAGGAAUGAAUGGUCACCUUUCUGUACUUUAGAAAAAUAAACCAAUUAUCCCUUUAAUGCUGUCUUGCAGUAUCCUGAGAGGUCAUUCUAUGCAGGUGGUUCCAAAUUCUACUGGACUAUAACUGCAGAGCUUUGUUUGGUCAAAAUAGUACUUUAUGGAAGAUGUGUUAGAAUCCAAGCCUCUUUAAUUCUAAGUGGGAAAGUGAUGCAGUGGCUGGAUCAUAUGAAUAGGCCGAGAUGUAUUAAGUUGAGGUAAAAUUUACUGUUUUACUCCAAAAUUUACUAUGUUGGAGUUAUCAGCACCCACAGAAGUCUAGUUUUAUCUUUUAAGUUUGGCUAGUUGGAAAACAUUAACUGAAGCCCUAGGGUACACCUGCUUUCAUGAGAUGGUUAUAAAAGUAGAGAAAGCUACUGGUAAAAUUACAAAUGCUAGUUACGCUUGACAAGUCUUCCCAUUGGAGCAAAUUUGUUUAUCACAUACUGGGUCUAAUUUUCUACAAUUCAGUAGUUUGAAAAUCACCCCCUACUAAACUGCAUUCUGUUCCAAAUAUUCCCAGUUUUAGGAGUACUAGGACUUGUUUUGUUGUUUGCAUACUGCCUUGCAAGUAACACAAGUUUGCUACACCCCAUUUUGUCAACUAGUGAGACACAAGAGCAAACAGAAGUGAUAUAAAACACACGUGGUAACUUACCUGUGUGCAUACUCUCUAAUACCUGUAUAUAAAAGCUUGAAUAACUAAGCUGUCAUGUGGUAAAGCUGUUUAUACAGCACUGGUGCAAACAAGUGUCUCAAAAAUAAAUGUUUUAAGGCCUGCCGGGUUCAUGGGCUGUCUGUCUGAAAGCAAGAGAAGCAGUGCUGGUUUCUACAGCCUUCAUCCCAGGGCCUUUAAUAAGAGGGCAUUAAAAAAAAAGGAAACUGGAUCUAAUUGGUGACACAGAGCUGUUUUUUAGUAGGAUGGUAAGUAACUGAGCCACAAUUAAACUGAUCACAUCUGCUGAAUGCAACUUCCUUGUUUCAUGCCCAUGGACUGACCUUAACUUACAAAGCUUAGUGUUGUAGCAAGUCCAACCUGGGCAGUCUUCCUGUUGGUGUGCCUUUCCAAAGUAGUAAACUUAACUCAUUUCCAUUUCUCAAGACUGAAUGUUUAAGUAGUUUGCAAAGAUUUAUAUCUACAAACAAGUCUUGUAUCUCUCCUGUGAAUGCUUUUGGCUGGAAUGUUAAGACUCUAAUAGCUCAGACAAAGCACCGCCAAUAAAAGUGCAGCAUGAAAACAGAU